UUUAAAAAAAGCCUCUCUCUUUCUCCGGCGAGCGAUGACUUCCUUAUCUACUCCUCCGUCACAAAACCUCGCCUUCUCCGCCGCCGCCACGUUAUCCAGACUCGCUCCCGUUAAAAGACCGUUUUACCCUCACCGUCUCUCUGAUCAUACCUCCCUCUGCCGCUGCUCCUCCGGCGGCAAUUCAUCCUCUCCUUCUUCCUCCUCCGAUGAUGAUGAUGGUAAUCCUAGAUGGGACGCUGCGAUUCAGGAUGUUCUCAAGAGCGCCAUCAAACGGUUUGAUUCGGUUAUGAGCUGGUACGGCAAUCAGGAUAAGGAUGCUGGAGACGGCGUCGUUUCCGGUGGGCAAGGAUGGGGGGAUGAUAUCAAGAAGGAGGAGGAAAGUGAAUGGGAUUGGGAGCGGUGGAAGAAGCAUUUCGAACGUAUUGAUGAUCAAGACCGUCUUCUCUCCCUCCUAAAGUCUCAAUUGAAUGGAGCCGUUAAACGAGAAGACUAUGAAGAUGCUGCGAGGCUCAAGGUGGCAAUUGCAGCUGCAUCUACAAAUGACGCUGUUGGCAGAGUCAUGUCCAGCUUCAAUAGAGCUGUUCUUGAAGAGCGUUACAAGGAUGCAGUAUACUUACGAGACAAAGCUGGUGCUGGGUUGGUAGGUUGGUGGUCGGGUAUUUCGGAAGAUGUCAAAGAUCCUUUUGGUCUUAUUGUUCAAAUCACCGCUGAACAUGGGAGAUAUGUGGCAAGAAGUUAUAAUCCUCGGCAGCUUAGUACAUCUGCUGUGGGUGGUGCUCCUCUUUUUGAAAUCUUUCUGACACUUGAUGGAAAAGGGAACUACAAAAAACAGGCUGUGUACUUAAAAUGGAAGGAGAUUUUUCCAGACCUUCCAACUAUGCCUACCAGAACUCUGAAUACUCCCAGGCUUUUGACUCCACCUGUAUGGAAAAGAGAUGCAGGUAAUCUUGCCGUCGAGCCUAGUGAUGAUGAAGAAGAAAGUGUCAACUCAGACGACGAUUCUGAUCUCCUUGAUGAAUCUUCUGGUUUCCAGACUUUCCUGCGAGAUAUGAUCCCUGGAGUCAAAGUCAAGGUUAUGAAAGUGAACUCCCCUGGAAAGGGAAAGGUGGACAAAGACUUCAUCUCAAAAGUUAUUGAGCAGAUAGCUGAUGAUGAAGAGAGUGAUUUUGAUAUAGAAGAUAUAGUUGUGGAACAAGAAACUAAGGCUGAAACCGAUGAUAUUGAAUUGGAAUCUGUGACUGAUGAAGUCAUUGACAGCAACGGAGUGAAGGAAAUAGCAGUUAAGUUUGUGAUAAGUGAUAUUGUUGAUAGACUUUCUGGAAACCAACCUCUUAGAGAGUCGCUUAGAUCCCCUGCCAAUCUUGAAUCUGUGGAGAAGUCUUCGUUUUAUCUUCGGUUAGAGAAGGAUGUAAACGCACAAGAAGAGUCCAAGGGUGUGGAAGGUACAUUAGUUGGUGGAAAAGGCAACCGCCAAAGCAGACGCAGGGUUGAUAACAUUAUGGUUGAUCUGGCUAAAUCCAUUGAGAAAGAGAAGAAGAUUUCUGUCAAGAUGCUUAAGGAGGUUGGGGAGCUGUUAAGCCUCACUCUCAGCCAGGCUCAAAACCGUCAACAGUUGUCUGGUUUGACUAAGUUCCGUCGCAUUGAUGUGACACCAUCGCUAGAUCCUCUAAAUGGGCUAUAUAUUGGAGCACAUGGGCUGUAUACAUCAGAAGUAAUUCAUUUAAAACGCAAAUUUGGGCAGUGGAAAAGUGGAAAGGAGUCUAAGAAGCCAAAGGAUAUUGAGUUUUAUGAAUAUGUCGAAGCUGUGAAAUUAACUGGAGACCCUUAUGUACCUGCUGGGAAGGUAGCAUUUCGCGCAAAGAUUGGGAGACGUUAUGAGCUUCCACAUAGAGGUCUCAUCCCUGAAGAAUUUGGAGUGAUUGCUAGAUACAAAGGACAAGGUAGGCUUGCAGAUCCCGGAUUUCGUAAUCCAAGAUGGGUAGAUGGCGAGCUUGUUAUCAUGGAUGGCAAGUAUGUUAAAGGAGGGCCUGUCGUUGGAUUUGUCUACUGGGCACCUGAAUAUCACUUUGUGAUGUUCUUCAACCGCCUGAAGCUUCAAGCCUAGUGCCUUUUUUUUUGUCUUCUCGUGCUACAAUCAAGAGUUUUCGUCUGAUUCAUGGAAUCAACUUAUGCCUAAGAUAAGAUUAUCUUUCUGGACCAGUAAUGAGCUUGGCUUAAGGCACCUAGAUUACGCCAAAGGAUUAACACGGCAGAGUAUGUGAUCAUGCAGUGAAGUAGUCGGUUUCUGAGAAAUUUUGUCAGAAAAGAAACUGGAUUGUAAGGUUGGAGAAGUAACUAUAGAUAUGUGUAAAUUUAAUGUAUGUUCACUUCUCAGAGAUUCCUACUCGGAUGUAAACAUGAUAAAGAGUUGUUCUAAUGUACAUUUUCAGUCUAUACAACGCAUGAAUCUUGGUCUUGUUA